AUUUAAUAGUUAUGGCUUAUGGGCCUGAGAGGUUUAUCAUGACGCCCAUAUAUAUCUCACGCGUUGUCCUCGUCUUCUCCGUCUUACACUGAUUUAAUUCUCCUACCAAUCUCAACUUCCGACGUCUAUUCAUCAUGGGUUUGAAGGAGGAAUUUGAGGAGCACGCUGAGAAAGUGAAUACGCUCACGGAGUUGCCAUCCAACGAGGAUUUGCUCAUUCUCUACGGACUCUACAAGCAAGCCAAGUUUGGGCCUGUGGACACCAGUCGUCCUGGAAUGUUCAGCAUGAAGGAGAGAGCCAAGUGGGAUGCUUGGAAGGCUGUUGAAGGGAAAUCAUCGGAAGAAGCCAUGAAUGACUAUAUCACUAAGGUCAAGCAACUCUUGGAAGUUGCUGCUUCCAAGGCUUCAACCUGAUGAAUCAAAUCCUCAUCUGCAGUAACUUUAUCUUAAGCAUCAAAAUAACAUUGCAUAAGACUUGUUCUUGCUCUUGUGUUUCUAUCAUAUUUAAGCUAUCUACUUUGUGACAUGGUGUGAUCUCUUAAAAAUGCUUGAUAUUGGUUAAAACAGAGAAUCAUGAUGCAAACUAAAUCCAUAAGUUAUUUUUGGUCCGUCCUCGAUAUGGUCUUAGUUAAAACAGUUGAAUUCAAGAUGAUAUAUUCGUUCUGGUCCGUAGGUCUUUUUCUUCAUGGUCCAUCGCAUUCACCACUCACUAGAAAACUUUCGUUUUAUUUCAAUUUGGAGUACAUAAGACAAAAGCUGGAAAAAAAAAGAACGUGGCAG